UGGUUCCAAUUUAAGCGGGGUUCAGUGCGUUCAUUGCGAAGAACACACUGAAGACAGUGUAUCGAUCGGUUCGAAACCAGGUGCAUCGGGCAAAUAAGUGAAGAUGUCAUCAACGGAAGAAGUAGAAGAACUGGUUUGGGUAUCUCCCCUAAACACGGAAUUCGUUACGCCUGGAGUUGAGAAGAAAUGCCCUUGGUCAAGAUUGGGCGCAUCUGACAGAAGCUCGCCCCAUUCCAAGCAAGAUUGGAAGCCAAAGUAUCCCAAAGGAGUUUAUCCUGAUGUGUUGAGCAUGAUAGGAAACACACCUAUGGUUAAACUAAAUAGGAUCCCACAAAAAGAAGGACUCGAGUGCAACAUUUAUGCGAAAUGCGAAUUUCUCAACCCUGGAGGAUCAAUCAAGGACCGAAUGGUGAAACGAAUGUUUGAAGAUGCUGAGAGACAAGGUCUCCUUAAACCUGGAAUGGUUAUCAUCGAACCAUCCUCCGGAAACACUGGCAUUGCGAUUGCUACCGUUUCGGCUAUUAAAGGCUACACAUGCAUCAUUGUCAUGGCCGAGAAAAUCUCCAAUGAAAAGGAAGCUGUUAUUACUGCGCUCGGAGCUACAGUUUGUAGAGUGCCAGUAUUCGAAGACUCGUUCAGCAGAAAUGGACUUUUUGGAACAGUGAAUCGAUUACGCAAAGAAAUUCCCAAUUCUUUUGUUUUCGAUCAGUUUAAUAAUCCUGGAAAUCCCCUUACGCAUUAUGAUACCACAGCGAAUGAGAUUUUACACCAGCUGGAUCACAAAGUGGACAUGGUUGUUUUUGGUGGCGGUACCGGAGGUACUAUCACAGGUGUAGGCCGGAAGUUUCGAGAAGUUUCUCCAGAAACCGUACUUGUGGGAUUUGAUCCUGAAGGUUCCAAGUUUGCUUUUCCUGACAGUCUCAAUUCGCAUCGCAAUACAUUUUGGGAAAUCGAAGGAAUUGGAUACGAAUUCGUGCCUGGGGCUCUGGAUCAAUUGGUGUGCGAUUACUGGAUUAAAAUUAACGAUAAAGAAUCGCUUCAAAUGGCGAGAAGGUUGAUACAAGAAGAAGGAUUGCUAAUUGGUAUGAGUUCAGGGGCUGCGGUGGCCGCGGCCGUCAAAGCAGCAAAACAUUUGAAGAAAGGAGACAACGUUGUAGUUUUCAUGGCAGAUAGUAUUAGAAAUUACAUGACUAAAUUUGUCUCCAAUACCUGGAUGCAGGCCAAAGGGUUCCAGCCAUGCUUAAAUCCCCACAACUUUUGGUGGUGGGAUUUGCCGGUUUCCAGUGUAAAAUGUUCAGAGCUACUGGUGCUGAAUGCAUCAGUUAGUUUACAGUAUGCUUUGGGACUGAUGCAAGUAAAAAGAAAGGAGGUAGCUGUAGUUACUUCACCUGACGGAUUUGCUGUGGGUCUAAUUACGGCUGAUGGUAUGAGAAAUAAAAUCAUCAGAUACAAUAUGCCCCAAACAACGCCGGUAGAGAAUUGCAUGAUUGGAAUAGUGCCAUUUUUAGAGAAUAGCUCAACUUUAGGCCGUGCCUACAGAAUCAUUGAAAAAGAUAGAUAUGCAUUGGUCGUAAGUGCGAUAGAUGAAGAAUACAAAUCCAUUGGGGUCCCGUUAAAACUGAUUACCGGUGAAGAUUUGUUUGCUUUCAUUUCAAAGAGGCCUUUGUAAGUAAGAUAUAUAUGUAAUCUUAUUUGCUUAUAUGUUAUUAUUAGAAAAAAUUAAUAUUCAAAUAGCAGCAGAUAAUAAAAAUUCACUUCACAA